UCAACUCUCUAGAAGCACUGGAUCAUACUUAUCACAAUCCAACAACACUACCCAACAUUCAUAAGAAGUUCAUGUCACAUUAGGUGUUCCUCUCUAGCCUUCAACAUGAGUAGAGAAGUGCUAGCACUCCAACUGUUCUUCCUGGUACUCGUACAUGGCGCCCUUGCUGAUCAGGCUGCUCGCGUCGUAGAGUUCUCCAGGUCAAGAAUGGAGAUGCAGUAUGACGAACAAGAUGCAGCAAAACACACAAGUCAGCAUGUCAAUCAUCAGCUGUACAUGAGCUCUCAAGAUGGACUCAAGGAGGCAGACAAGGUGAGUGAGCUGCCUGGGCAGCCAAGCAGGGCUGAUUUUGAUCAGUAUGCAGGAUAUGUUACAGUUAAUGCCACAUCUGGGAAGGCUCUCUUUUACUACUUUGUUGAGGCUGUUCAAGAUCCUUCCACUAAGCCUUUGGUCUUGUGGCUGAAUGGAGGGCCUGGAUGUUCUUCUUUGGGAGAUGGAGCUAUGCUUGAAAUUGGACCAUUCUUCGUCAACAGUGAUAACAGGACACUGUCCAUAAACAGAUAUGCAUGGAACAAUGUGGCAAACAUGCUCUUCAUUGAAAGCCCAGCUGGUGUUGGCUUCUCAUACUCCAAUGCAACAUCAGAAUAUAACAACACUGGUGACAGGAGCACGACAGCAGAUGCAUACACUUUUCUCACUAACUGGCUCGAGAGGUUCCCAGAGUACAAGGGUCGUGACUUCUUUAUAACAGGUGAAAGUUAUGGUGGCCACUACAUACCACAGCUUGCAAAUGCUAUUUUGUCAAACAACAAUAUCACGAAUGCCACAAUCAUCAAUCUAAAAGGAGUUGCAAUUGGGAAUGCAUACUUGGAUGAUAGCACAAACACGAGAGCAACCAUUGAUUACUACUGGACACAUGCUUUGAUCUCCAAAGAAACUCACCUCGCAGUUCAGCAACAUUGCAGCUUCGAUGGAACAUACAUGGCGCAAUGUCGAAAUGCGUUAGCGGCGGCUGAGAAUGAAAAAGGAGUAAUUGAUCCAUACAACAUAUAUGCACCCUUAUGCUGGAAUGCUUCUGAUCCUCAACAGCUGCAUGGCUUGGCAAUCAAUGUUGACCCAUGUAGUAGAUACUACAUCGAUUCAUAUUUGAAUCGCCCUGAGGUUCAGAGAGCACUCCAUGCUAACGCCACAGGAUUAAAACAACCAUGGUCAGAUUGCAGUAAUAUCAUCACUCCUGAAAAUUGGAAAGAUGCACCAAUGUCUAUGCUACCAUCUAUCCAAGAAUUGAUUUCAAGUGGAGUAAGCACAUGGUUGUACAGUGGUGAUAUCGAUGCAGUGUGCCCAGUAACCUCGACACUAUACUCAUUAGACAUUCUAGAGCUACCAAUAAGCUCAUUUUGGAGGCCAUGGUAUUCUGAUGACAACGAGGUUGGUGGCUAUGUUGUUGGAUACAAAGGUCUGGUAUUCGCAACAGUCAGAGAAGCUGGACAUAUGGUUCCAACUUACCAGCCUCAAAGGGCACUAACCUUGUUCUCCUCAUUCCUGCAAGGGACAUUGCCCCCUGAAUGACCAAAAUCGUGCAACCUCUAUUUCUGUUCUUGUUUUUUACAUUGAAAGAUAGAACAGUUUGCUUAGGAAAAAUAAUUGAAAGAUAGAAACCAACUGUUCCCACCGGAGAAUUGUUUCAUCAGUUGAAAUGCAGACAGUCAUAAAUGAGAAUUAAA